AAACAGAAACUAUUCUGUGACAAUAUUUUAAAUGGUCAUAAAUUAGACUCAAAUAAAUCAUUAAUGUCGCAUAAAACGGAUGAAUCCAGAAUCACUAAAACAGCAAUGUUAAAAGAGAUAGAAAAAUCAACACAACGAUACAAUAACUUAACUAGCAAUGAUUAUAAUUUAGAAGAUGUUUUAAAAGAUUCUGUUAAAGUUCACAUUAUUUUAUCUGUAUAUCAAUUUCACGGAGAAUUAGAUGAAAAACAGAGAAAUAUUUUGGCUGAUAUUAUUGUACAUUAUGAACUUAGAAACAAUCUAAAUUAUCGAAUUACUUCUGAACGUGCAGAAUAUAUAGCAAAGAAAAUAAUUGAAUUAUUUCCUACAGAAGAAAAAUCUGUAAGAAGAAAUCUUAUAAAAUCUGGCGCUAUUAAGGUGCAAUUAAAAAAAGAAGAAGAAAUAGAAGAAAUAGCUGAUGAUUGUGAAGAUUCAGACUGUGAGCAAUACGAUUUGUGGUUGCAAAAUAAUGAUAAACCAUGGAUAAAAGUAACUCAAUUAUGGGAGAAAACAUCUAAAAUACGAUUAAAAUCUUUACAAUCCGGUGAUCAUAGUAUUCAAGAUUAUAUUAAACUCUAUUCUGCUUUAGAAGAUCCUCAAGGAUAUACCUUACUGGAAAAAGAUUUUGAAAAAUUAUAUCCUGAAGCACAUAUGAAAAUAUAUACACAAUGGGCAAAAUUGUCAGCAUUCAUUGAACAAAAAGUGGCUAAAAUAGAUCCAAAAUUUAAAACACAUUCUAAUCCAGAUAAAAAAAUAGUCCAACUUUUGUCGAAAUUACCUUCUCUUUUUCCUGUAUAUACAGCAAUUGUCGGAAAAGGAAGAAGUUACAAUUGGCGGCCAUCGUUAUGCGAAAGACGAGAAGCAUUUCUAUGGCGAAUUGAGACGUAUGGCGACUUAAAUACCAAAAUUAAUGAAAGAAGAGAGAAGUUACAUCAUUUCAAAUUAACAUUGCAACCACAGGCUGUCAUCAUAGGACCUUCAGAAACUGAUAUAAAACAUAGUAUAGUAAUCGUUGAUAAAAUACAUUAUGAAGUGGAAUCACCAUUAAAAGCUAUUGAUAUAGUCUUUAAAUGUAUCCAUAGCCUACAUGCUGAAUAUCCUAAGGAAAGUGAACAAGUUUAUCUUUUUCUACAAACUGGUAUUUAUGGUAUUACUUCCAAAUACGAUAAAAAAUUUAGCGCC